UUUUCAGCUGGAUUCUCCUCCCUUCUCCUUCCUCCCUCGCUCUCACUUCUCUCCUCAGUUUCCCAUUAGCGGCUGGCUCUCCACAGCGCAGCAUCUAUCCACGGUAGCUUCUCUCCGAGGGCGGGAGGGGGAGGAGAAGUGCCGGCGUGAGGUGUGAGCGCUAACCGGGGACGAGAGCUUGAAGCUGAUGGUACGGGAGCAGGAUCAUUGUCCCCCCCCCCGCCUACCCCUGAUGCCAUGGAGCUGCACCGCUGGGUCCACACAUGCACCGCUGGAGCUUUAUAGAGAGAUAAAGAGUUCUAAAGAGACGAGAGAAAGGAGUUUGACAGACAGUGAAUGAGGAGGAGAGGAAAGCUGCAGGCAAAUGAUCCAGGAUUUUGGGAGAAGAGAGGGGGUUGUUUGGAUGACUUGAAGCCAGACAAGAGGCUACUUCCCUGGGGGCUGCAGAUGCAUAGACAAGCCCCUCUUUUUAUUCAGCACUGGCCCGUGUAUUGAGGAGUGGAGCCUUCUUUAAAGAAGUGGAUCUCAAAGAAGACAGAAUGGACUCAAUGAGUUUCUGCAUUGAACUUUUAACAGAAAAAUCUGCUUAACUUGCAUGUUAAGUUGGAUGGCUUCAUCUUCUAUCUCUGACCAUGCAACCUCCUUCUCCUUUGGAUUUAGUUUUAAACAUUCUGCAGAAUUUCUCUUUUUAAAGCUUCUCUGUUGCAGUUCCUUUGAAUGCUUUAGCAGAAGAAAGAAAGCCUGACAUAUGAACGGAUCUGUGUUGCCUUUAAGUCUCCUGCUGCAGUGACAUCUGACAGUCAUCCAGCUAAUCUUCUCGCCUUUAACCACCAAAUCAACAAAGGAUUUCCUUUUUAAAAAAGCACCUUCUGGACAGUUCUCCUCUUGCAGCAAAGAGUGGCGUCAGCCCUUGCCCUGCUCUUUUACUUAUUUAUUUUUUUCUUCAUCUCUUGGCGAAAGGGGGGAAACUUCCCUUCGCUGGCACCCUCCCUCCUGUGGAAAUGGCUUUCCUGGUCCGUUGCUAUGCCAACUGCUUGCAGCCGUGGUCCUCCAAACUUCCUGCUGACCUCAAUAAGAUGCACCUAACAGACCACGCCCACCAGCAGGUGAUGCACAUGCCUCCCAGCCAAUCAGGAUGCAGCAUCGCCAGCGAUUCGGGGAGCAGCAGCCUGUCAGACAUUUACCAGGCCACAGAGAGCGAACUGGGCGAUGUGGACCUGUCUGGACUUCCAGAGGCUGCAGUGGACAGCGAGGAAGAGGAGGAGGAAGAUGAGGAUCUGGAGAGAGCUUCAGACACUCUUCUGGGCCGAGAUCUGGUCCGAGAGUGUCUGGAAAAAGAUCCAGCCGACCGCAAUGACGACGACAUCGAGCAACUGCUGGAGUUCAUGCACCAGCUGCCUGCCUUCGCCAACAUGACCAUGUCUGUGAGGAGGGACCUGUGCAGCGUCAUGGUGUUUGAGGUGGUGGAGCAGGCUGGAACAGUCAUACUGCACGACAAACAGGAGCUGGAUCUCUGGUAUGUGAUCCUGAAUGGAGCAGUUGAGAUCAGCCAUCCUGACGGAAGAACAGAAAGUCUUUGUAUGGGCAACAGCUUUGGCAUCUCACCCUCGCUGGACAAACAGUACAUGAACGGAGAAGUUCGCACAAAGGGGGACGACUGCCAGUUCGUCUGCAUCGCCCAGGAGGACUACUGGCGCAUCCUCAACCAUGUGGAGAAGAACACGCACAAGGUGGAGGAGGAAGGGGAGAUCGUGAUGGUGAAGGAGCACCGUGAACUUGAUCGCAGCGGGACCAGGAAGGGACACAUUGUCAUCAAGGGAACCCCGGAGCGUCUGAUCAUGCAUCUGGUGGAGGAGCCGUCGGUGGUGGACCCCACCUACAUCGAAGACUUUCUGCUGACCUACAGGACCUUCCUGUCGAGUCCCAUGGAGGUUGGCAAGAAGCUGCUGGAGUGGUUCCAGGUGGACAGCUUCCGAGACACGGUGACUAGAAUAGUGCUGCUGUGGGUCAACAACCACUUCAAUGACUUUGAGGGCGACCCUGCUAUGACACGCUUCCUGGAGGAUUUUGAGAAACAUCUAGAGGCCACAAAAAUGAAAGGCCAUUUGAGGCUGCUGAACAUAGCCUGUGCGGCCAAGGCUAAGUGGAGGCAGAUCACUCUGCAGAAGGCGUCCAGGGAGUCGCCGCUCUACUUCAGCGUGCAGGGAGGCAGCGAGAGAGGAUUCGGCAUCUUUGUUGAGUCGGUGGAAGAAGGAAGCAAAGCUGCAGAGGCCGGACUCAAACGGGGAGAUCAGAUCAUGGAAAUCAAUGGCCAGAACUUCGAAAAUAUCUCCUUCUCCAAAGCUCUUGACAUCCUGAGGAACAACACCCAUCUUUCCCUCACUGUCAAAACUAACAUAUUUGUCUUCAAAGAACUCCUCAGCAGGAUCGUGCACGAGAAGAAGAACGGCGGCCCUCACAUCCCCAAGAUCCAGGAGAAAAAAGGCAAUCGCUUCUCCAUCCCCGACCUUCCUGGAGACAUGGAGUUCCCCACGGACCACAAGAGCACCCGGAAAAUGAAGGCCAACACUGUGUCUGGAGGACGCAACAAGAUCAGGAAGAUGCUGGAGAAGACGCGCUUUAGCAUACUGCCACCAAAACCAUUCAGUGAUGGUGGCAUGGGUCAGUCUCAGGAUGACAGCAUCGUGGGCACCAAGCAGUGUCGUCACAGCGUCGCCAUCAUGCCGAUUCCUGGAAACCUCUCAUCCAGCAGCCCGGACCUGCUGCAGCCGGCGACCAGCGUCCUCGACUUCUCCAACCCUGCAGCCCUGGGACUGUACUAUAUCCCAGACCAGGUUAUCCGGGUGUUCAAGGCCGACCAGCAGAGCUGCUACAUCAUCAUCAGUAAGGACACUACUGCCAAAGAUGUCGUCGCCCACACUGUCAAUGAGUUCAGUCUCAUCGCAGCACCAGAAACCUACUCCCUGUGCGAGGUAUCUGUCAGCCCGGAGGGAGUCAUAAAGCAGCGCCGCCUUCCCGACCAGCUCUCCAAACUGGCUGAUCGGAUUCAGCUCAACGGCAGGUACUACCUGAAAAACAACAUGGAGACGGAGACGUUGUGUUCGGAUGAGGACGCCCAGGACCUCCUCAGAGAGAGUCAGAUCUCGCUGCUGCAGCUCAGCACCAUGGAGGUCGCUGCCCAGCUCUCCAUGAGAGACUUUGAACUCUUCAGGAACAUCGAGUCCACAGAGUACGUGGAUGACUUGUUCAAGCUGGACUCCUCUAUAGGAAGCGGCAACCUGAAGCAGUUUGAGGAGGUGAUAAACCAGGAGACCUUCUGGGUGGCCACAGAGAUCCUGAAGGAGCCCAACGCCCUGAAAAGGAUGAAGACCAUCAAACACUUCAUCAAAAUCGCACUGCACUGCAGAGAGUGCAAGAACUUCAACUCCAUGUUCGCUAUUAUCAGCGGGCUGAACUUGGCACCGGUGGCUCGACUGCGGAGCUCGUGGGAGAAAUUGCCCAGUAAGUACGAGAAGCUGUUUGGGGACCUGCAGGACGUCUUCGACCCGUCCAGGAACAUGGCCAAGUACCGCAACGUGCUGAGCAGCCAGAGCAUGCAGCCACCCAUCAUCCCGCUGUUCCCGGUGGUCAAGAAGGACCUCACCUUCUUACACGAAGGCAACGACUCCAGUGUUGAUGGUCUUGUGAACUUUGAGAAGCUGAGGAUGAUCGCCAAGGAGAUCAGACACGUGGUGCGAAUGACUUCAGCCAACAUGGAUCCUGCUCUAAUGUUCAGACAGAGGAAGAAGAGGUGGAAGAGUUUAGGGUCUUUGAGUCAAGGCAGCACCAACUCCAACAUGCUGGACGUGCAGGGUGGAGCCCAUAAGAAGCGAGUGCGUCGCAGCUCGCUUCUCAACGCUAAGAAGCUGUAUGAAGACGCUCAGAUGGCCAGAAAGGUGAAGCAGUAUCUUUCUAACCUCACGGUGGAGACGGAUGAGGAGAAACACCAGAUUAUGUCCCUGCAGUGUGAGCCGGCUUACAACACCCUGUCUAAGAACUUGAGUGAGAGGCGAUCCACCAAGUCGGACAUGUCUCCAGUGUCUCUGCGGUCGGCUCUACCGACUGGAAAAACACAAAACAGGGUGUCACAAGUCCUUCAGGUCCAGGUCCCACUGAACCCUCUACGAAAGAAGAGCACUGCCAAGGACAUCGGCACACCCAACUCUAACUCUCCCCAGGUGGUGAAGAAGCCUCCAGUGAACUCAUCAGAGGACUGGAGCAGCAAGAGACCAUCUGAUGACACCGUCUCCACCAUCUCCUCCCUUCACUCCAGCCCCACGGUGUCGCCUCAGGGCUCCCCACGCAAAGUGGGAGGCGUGGCAAAGUCCCAGAACUCCAGCCAGAUGAACUUGUCAGGAUCUUCGUCAUCUCUGACCAGCGACGCCAGCACAAAGGCCGGCACCGUCAGCCUGCGCAGCUAUGGCAUAGGUUAUGCCCUCCUGCCAGCUGGUAAAGCAGACAACCUGUCGGACUCGAGCCACAGCGAGAUCUCCUCCCGCUCCAGUAUCUGUUCGGUGGACUCGGUGCCGGCUCCGGGGCUCGAGGAACGAUGUAAUAGCAGCAACAGGACCUGUACUGCUACUGCCUCUAUUACUUCUACAACUACUGCUACCACGGCUGCUGCGGUUGCUGAGAGCACGGCGGCGAUGAAUGCACAUUUAAAUGCUGAUUACAGCCAACCCAGCACAAGUAAUUUUUCAUCGUCUGCUCGAGGACACGUAACUCGAGCCUCCACCUUCACCUCCUCCGUAUCGACCGAGGAGCUGACCCCGGACCACACGUCUCUGGACUCGGUGGCCGACAGCGGCCGUGGCAGCUGGACGUCCUGCUCCUCCAAUUCCCACGACUCCUUCCAGAGCCUCCCCGCCUCCUCCUGCCGGCCCUGGGACCACGGCAUCCACGGCCACCCGCUGGCUCUGCCGCACACGCACCUGGGCGGCUUCAAGCACACGCAGCUGACCAGGCCCAUAGCGGAGGUGGAGGCGGCCGGCCCGGCGUGGGCCAGCGAGGACGGCUGCAAGCAGCGCUCCAGAGACUCCAGCUCAGAUCUGUCCAAUCAGUCGCGGCAGAGCUGGGCGUCGUCCAGCUCGCUGUCGGACACCUAUGAGGGGAAUUACAGCACGAUAAAGCGGCGAAACACCUCGGAGCACCCCUCCUCGCCGGCCAACGAGGAAGGAGGGCAAAGCACAGACCCUGCCUACAAAACGGUGACAUCAAGCACAGAGAAGGGCCUGAUAGUGUACUGUGUCACCUCCCCCGCCAAGGAUGAGCGUUACCGAGCUCCCCCUCCCACCCCUCCAGGCUACCAGGGUCUGGCUCUGGGGGAUCUCGGCCUCACAGACGGAGUAGUAGGUGGGCCAGGAGGUCUCCUCCCGAGGCCUCCACACCUGAAACCUCCGGACUACAGCGUGGCCCUGCAGAGGAGCAAACUCCUGCAGAGCCCCGGAGCGGCUGGCGGUCUGGCCGAGGCUCGGAGGCUCGCCGGUGCCCUUCACCUCCAACACCAAGACGCCCGGACUGCCGGCUCCACGCAGGGCCACUCCAGACCGCCCAGCAUCUGCCUCCCACCACAGGACCUGGCUGACAGUGAGGAUGAUGAACAAGUGUCAGCGGUGUAGAGGCGGCGACGUCACACACUCGCAUUCUCACACACGGACCAAGUCGUGUACAUCAGGCUUCUGAUUGGACUAGCAGCCUGUCGUCAUCACAUGUCAGAGCACAUUCUUCUCUAAGCCCCGCCCACAGCCCCGUGUGACGCGCCUGAACCUGACCGACGGGUCACAUGACCUCUCGCCGCCUCCCAGGACUCACUCUGUCAGCUGUUUUUAAACCCAUUUCACAAGAUAGAGAAGAAAAAAACAGAAAGAUUUUAGAUACUUUUUAAAAACUCCUGAACAGUCGGUGUGAUGGAAUCAUAUCGCAGCAGACGUACGUCGAAAAAAAUUCAUUAAAAACUGAAGGAAAGAGUGACAAUAACGAUGCCUCGUCAGAAGGAGUCACCGGAAACAGACCACCACGUACCUCCAUGUUUUGCGCUUCGAGCUCUCUCGUCUAAAGGCGCUGAAUAUUGUUUUCACAGUCUAAGAUGUUGUACAGAGAUUUUUUUCCUGCUUUUAUUCUUUUGUAAAAUGAUUUUUCUCCUUCUUCUUUUCAGUUGCAUCUCUGAGCUUUGCAAAGUUUUCCUGUGAGAAUUGUGAGGAGGAGCAGACAAAGGGACAGAAAGUUGUAGUCACGGGUGCUUGUGGGAGAUUUUUUUUUGUUAUUGUUUCAUUUUAGUGUUUGCUUAAAAGAAGAUGAAUGUAGAUGAACAAGAAAAACCUUUUUUGAGUUCUUUACGAGCCUCUAUUGAACCCUGGCACUGAUAGAUUUGCUUAAACACCACAAACUAAACCAAAUGCACACAAAAAACAGCUACAGUACUCACACUUUUGACUGGACUGGAGGUCAGAAAAGCCCUCAGGAGCCACUAAUGAGCCCUUUUGCCAUACUUUCCACUUCCUGUAGGUGGUGGAUGGAAAGAGAAAUUACACUCUGGUAGCAACGGAAAGCACGUCUGUUUGUGUUUAGCACUUAUUGUACUUUGCUUAGCUUUAUAGAAAAAAAUGACAAACAGCAUCUCUCAGGCAGUUCUGGGUGUCUCCUCGUCGCCCUCUUCACCACCACCACCACCACCCGCCUCUCUUAUUGCUUGCUCGGUCUGAUGUGAGGUACUUUAGCGGCAUGCUGCCUCCUGGAUGUUCUAUAAAACCUGUAUUGUAACUUGUUUUUAAUGAGCUGAAGAACAAAUGCCUUGCUGCUGCUUCCCGUAGAGUAAAAACGCGUGUUGUUAUUUUAUUACAGCAGCUAUAAUCAAACGAUAAAUUAGCACUGUGUGGCGACAGUGUGCAUGCAUACACACACACACACACACACACACACACACACACACACACACACACACACACACACACACACACACACA